CUGAAUGUGAUAACAUGUCUGUGACUGUGGAAGGAAACAAAGUUUCUGGAAGAAGGAGACGAGAGAACGGAGAAGAGAGCGAUGGUGUCACCGGGAAGAAGGACAGACCGGAACCCAGCCGGUUGGAGUCUUGUUUGGAUCAACCCAUGGAUUCAAGCAGUAUCCAUGAAGUUGUCAAGUUUACACCCUCGCAGCUACCAGCCAAACAUUAUGAUGCUGACACCACCGAGCCAGUCAGCUCUGGCCUUCAGACUCUAGAGGAGCUUCUGACAUGGAAACGAAGCGAGGCCAACCCCUUAAAUGUGGUGGUCGUCCCUCUGGCCGCUCGGGAGCCUCCCCUGGCCAGUAGUCCACGUCGGACGCUGGUGUCUCAUGACAUGAUGGGUGGCUACCUAGAUGACAGGUUUGUCCAGGGGACAAGUGUCGAAGAUCCGUACGCUUUCUACCACUGGCAGUACAUUGAUAUUUUCAACUACUUCACACACAACAUGGUGACUAUUCCUCCUGCUGUGUGGACCAGUGCUGCACAUAAACAUGGAGUCGUCGUUAUAGGGACUUUCAUCACAGAGUGGAAUGAUGGAGCCAAGGCGUGUGAAGCUUUCCUAAAAGAUGAGGAGUCAUAUCGGGCAGUAGCUGAUAAACUAGUCCAGAUUAGCCACUAUUAUGGCUUCGAUGGCUGGCUCAUUAACAUAGAGAAUACCCUCAGUGAAGUUGCGGUGAAGAACACACCUUUGUUCCUGCGCUAUCUGACGGACCAGAUGCACGAGCGAGUCUCUGGCAGCCUGGUGCUGUGGUACGAUAGCGUGCUUGAGAGCGGACAGCUACUGUGGCAGAAUGAACUCAACCAGUCCAACAGGAUGUUUUUCGAUGCCUGUGAUGGUUUCUUCACUAACUACAACUGGACAGAGCAGAACCUGGAAGGGAUGAAAGAAGACAGUGUGAUCCAAGGCCGUGAGGCUGACGUCUAUAUCGGGAUAGACGUGUUUGCCCGAGGCGAAGUGGUAGGAGGAAUGCUUGAAACCAAUAAGGCUCUUGAGAUCAUCAGGAAGCACAACUUCUCUACAGCCAUCUUCGCUCCAGGCUGGGUGUACGAGACCCUCGAUGAUAAGACUGAAUUCCGCAAGAACCAGGACAUGUUCUGGGCUCUUUUGUCAGACUACCUGUACAUCCACCGACCAGCCUCGCCUCUCCCCUUCAUCUCCUCCUUCUGCCAGGGCUUCGGGAAGGCUCUCUACUGCAGAGGAAAGCACGAGUCUGAGAGGAGCUGGUUCAACCUGGCUGCCCAGGAGAUCCAGCCCUUGUACUACCAUACAGAGCUGGAGGGCCAGGGCUGGCUGAGGAGCCGUGGCUGCCCACUGGACGCCUGGAAUGGAGGCUGCUCACUGCUGCUCGAGGGCCUCAUCCCUGCCUCUCAAACAUCUCCACUUUCUGCCAACAUCUUCUCCCUCAAUGUACCCCUGCCAUCCAAGAUCCUGGUGAGCUUCAUCCAUAAACCAUGUGCUGGGAUCAGUGUCUCCAUGGAGCUUAAGACAACAGAUAACAGUCUUUGCAUGGACAACCACAAUGUCAAAUUCACCACAGUGCAGCCUGAGGUAUUGGAUGAGGGCCACCAGCUGAUGAGCCUGUUCUCUCAGCUGUGUGGAAACUUGAACCCAGACGGUUGGACAAUCAGGUGUUUGCAGUUGGAGCUUCGUGGCUGUACACUUAGAGAAGUUGGUGUCAGCAUCCAACGGAGGGGAGACCCUCAGGACACGCCUUUUAGCUGCAGGGUGGGGGAGAUCAUGGUCCUGGAUGUAGCCUGUCUGCAGGUUCCCUCUGAGCUGGUUCUGGGUAUGUGCAUUUAUGAUGUGGUGUGGGUUCGUGGUGUUGGUACUUUGCCAGAGUCCACCUCUCCUCGCCUGCACUUCAACGCCACUCUGCGCUGGGACUACUCAAGCAGGACCGUGCGGCACUUCAGGGUGUACUGGCGCCGGUUGAGGGGACCUGAUCCCCGAAUCCCCCCAGGUCAGCUGGUUCUGUUGGGACGUGCGUAUUCUAAUCUGUUUAGGGUAACAGAGCUGGAAGUGCCGUGGUCCCCUGGCUUACUGGAACUGGUGGUGGAGCCAGUAAGCAGCAAGGGCUUUCUGGUCCCAGAGAGUCAGUGGGGAAGAAGAAGCAUCAGCUACUCAGUAGACAUCACAAAAUGACUUUACAUGAACGUUACCAGGCUGCUGUUUAGUAACCCUAUAGCAAAUUUUUCUAUAAAAAUGACUGAUGCAAACCUCAAUAUUAAGAAGUUGGAGCUCUUCAAAGUUUUCAGGCUUGCUUUAACAAAAAAUUACUCAGGCUGCCUUUGAUUUUAGUGGAGGUGCACAAGUGCAGACACCUAACAGUAAUCGUCAUCCACCAACAACAGAUUAUUGCCCAGUAUAUCUAUCGAUCUAUAUAUAUAUAUAUAUAUAUAUAUAUAAACACACAUACACUGCUAAAAAAAAUCAAGGGAGCACUAGACUGCUACAGGAUAACACCAGAUCAGGUAAACUUCAGAGAAAUCAAUCUGUCCAUUUAGUAAGCAAUGUGAUGGAAACAACCCCCAAAAAGGGAACGGCUCUAAAUGUGUAUAUAUAUAUAUAUAUAUAUACAGAUACAGAACAUGCAAAACUUUGUCCAUCUAUGUUUUUCUUUACCUUGUAAGACAACACGCCAAAGAAACAUUUCGGUUUAUUUAACCCUAACCCGUUAACAUGAUUGUAGGCAAUACUAGAACAUUUUGUUUUGCAUAAUUAUAUAGAUUUGGCUUAUUCUAUAUGCAUUAUUAUAAUUUAUACAUGUAUAUUCAAUAUGAACAAUAUUGGAUGUCAGUUAAGUAUCUUUUUCUGCAUUGUUUAUGAUAAUAAGUAUCAAAAUAACCUAAUUUGUAUUGCCCUUUCCAAGAUGUCAUGAUUACUAAGUGCUUUUAAAAAAACAUCUGUGGAGCAUGUGCGGAGCAAGAGUAAAAGCAAUCAACAUUCGGGCCUCUGUGGGCAUGUGAGGGUCUUCAGUGCUGGGGUUUUCCUGUAGCCUUCUCCAGAUCCGUUCCUCAACACAGUCUCGUCUCUGAGCUCCCUCAACCUUAUUCUUUCCUGAUUUGAUCACAGGUGGACUCCGGUCAAGAUAUAGAAACAUUUCAAAGAUGUCAUAACAAAGUGUCUGAAUGGGAUGUUAGUUGUCCUUUUUAAUAAAUUGGAAAAACUCAGCAUUUGUUUGUUGUGUGGUAGGAUUAUUCAAUUUAAAUGAUUUUGAAAUAAAGCUACAAUAUGGAAAU